AUGUCUGGAAUCCUCGGAGAAGCCUUUACGCCAUGCCCAUUGAGGCUGAGAUCAUCUGAUGUCAGCAGCUACGGUGGAAAUAGCACUCUAGACAGCUUUGUUGAUAGUGACGAGCCAUUCGAAGCUACCGGGAACAUCGAAUUCACCACGGAGAUACGAGCACCAACUCUGACGGGAGUACGGCCUCGCCGAGCAAAUCGAUCUGGAUCGGGGUUUCAAAUUCACAAUGACGGAGAAAAAGAACCUACGCCCGCAGAGAAACGGCGAAGACCAAAUAGGCCAACAACCAAAACGUCAGAAGCUCGCAAGUCAUCGCUACUGGCUCAACCCGCCCAACGAAUCCGACCAAAUAAUAAAGCCCCGCUGGGCUCAUCUCAAAGUAUCAACCAAGAGACGAAACCGCCGCAAAAGACGAGCCGCCUUGAAUCGAUUCCGAAGAAACAGCCAUCGCACGGAAUGCGAGCACUGUCCAACGAAACAAGCCAACCAAUUUCUAGUCCCGCAUUGAAAAAUAAGGUACAACAAAACACCCUUUACAUUCCACUAGACGACAGCACCGUCCCAAAUAUGUUUAUGGACCUUUUCAGCCCUUUGAAAAAGCAACAAGCCCAACCUCCGCCCCCAGUGACGGACGGUACGCUGUUCAAUCCUUUAGAGAAACGCAUUGCAAAUCAACAAGCCCGAAAGUCUUUGACUGUGUCAGCCCGUCGAGCUCCGCUUCAAGCGAGCAAGAAAGUUGCACAGGAAAGUGUCUUCCGAGUCGAUAUCGCUGGCAAAAAUGGUGGCAAAGAGAAUAUUCCCCCUGGCAUGGUUUUUGAAUCUGAGACGAAAGGCAGUCCGCCUUCCAAAAAGCCAUUCAAUUCCCAUGCCAGCAAUCUCCCACUUAAGGAUAUCGCUCCUCGGAAUGUCACUCGUUCAUUGAAGAGCGUGAGCUCUCUGGAGAUCGCUGGAGUCGUCAGGCCAGUGCAGUCUAAGCGCAGCGUACUUGAGGAGACUCGGAGCAAGACCAAGCCAUCACCGGCUCCUGUUGAACGCCGCAAGCCCGCCUUAUCCAACUCGAAAGGGCCAAUUCAAAGUGCGUACCUCAAUGCUCGUGCUUCAGCGCUAUCCGGUCGUCUUGGUCGCUCUGGAUCGAACAAUGCCUCUUCCAAUGCACGGAUUGAAACUUCAAAUUUAAAGAAGCUCAAUGCCCAGUAUCCGAAGUUGACUGAGGACAUUAAAAAGCCUGCGCUAUAUGAGGACAAUUGGCUCUCGCACCAAGAAACUGUGAUUACGCAAUUAGUGAAUUCAUUGUUCGAGCAUUCGAAUGGAAGCACGAAAUUCUAUGACCAGAACACCCUUCGAUUGGAAUUUCUUGAACUUUAUCAUACUGACAUGUUUAUUCACCUGUACCGAAAGCUCCAGGCUUCUUUGUCAUGCGGUACUUUGAGUAUUCCCAAGCAAGUCCUCUCUCGAAGUUAUCGCCUCAGGCAAGAUAUUGGUCUUCGUCGCAGGUUCCUUGAUAUCUGGAUGCAUUCAUAUGACUUCCAUGCGCUGGCGCCAGCUGCAGAGACUGUCAUUGGUCGAAAGAUCUCUAUUGAUUAUGAUUUGUUCGAAGACGAUAGGAAAGCCGCCGCUAGCAAACUAGAAUGUUUCCUGGACACGUUUUUGUUGCGAAAUGAGGACCUCAAUCAAUUUGCUUCUGAUUCCAAAGAUGCUUUAGCUGUUGAUCACGCCAAGGCCUAUCAGCGUACAGUCCUUAGAUGCAUAGUGCUUGUCACUCUUUUAGACCAAGCACGCCAGUCUCCUGGGUCCAUUGUUCCUCGUCAGCUUUUUGUAUCUUCAUCACAACUCAAAUCAUCAGCCGGUGUGCUUCAAGCUUUGUUACGAGUCUUGGUACCCUCUUAUGGGGACCUUACAAAGCCUCUCGCUCACUUUGGCUGCCGUUUGUCCUACAAGCAGCAUCAGCUACAAGAGUACAAGUACCAGAUUGAAAACAUUGCUGUCGAUUUGAGAGAUGGUGUACGUCUUACUAGAAUUGUGGAAGUCUUGUUUUUUACACCUAGCCGUGUCGGACUUGACGACCAAGAUCAAACCGAAGUUACUUUGAACUCCGGGCAGACUCUCUCUCUUUUUGGUGAACAUGCAGAUGUUCCACUUUCCAAACAUUUGAAAUACCCUUGCGUCAGUCGCGCAACAAAACUUUUCAACGUUCAGAUUGCUUUGUCGGCGUUGAGCUCUAUCAAGGGCUCGAGCUCAGUCUUCGUUGAUAUGCGGCCCGAGGAAAUUGUUGAUGGUUACCGUGAGAAGACCAUCGCUAUUUUGUGGGCUCUUGUUGGUAGUUGGGGCUUGGCCAGUCUUGUUGACUGGGAUGAUGUCCAAAAAGAGAUCUUACGAUUGAAGCACAAGGCCCUUACGAUUUUUGGAAAUGAUUCUCCCAAGAACACAAGUUGGUUUACCGGGAAGCAAUUUAAUGAUGCCGACAACCAUACACGACUUCUCCAGCAGUGGGCUGCGCUCCUAGCUGGUCUGAAAGGCCUUCAAAUUGAUAAUUUGACAACCAGCUUUGCUGAUGGCAAAAUUUAUGAGAGUAUUGUCGAUGAAUAUGAGCCAUAUCUCAUCAGCAACUAUCAUUCUGCCAACGCCAACAGAAACAGAUAUUCGAAUUCUCGAUCUCUACAAAAACGACUAAGUCUAUUGGGUUGCAGCUCUCAAUUUGCACAGCUGGUGUCUGCAGACUCAUCGUCUUCGAACAUCUUAGACCGUGAAUGUACCCUCGGGUCACUUGCAUUUUUGUGCUCUCGACUACUCACUGCCUCGAAGCGCGCUCGGGCUGCCACCAUUCUCCAACGUGCAUGGCGAGCACGCUUAGAGAGCCGCGACAUUUACCGCCGCAGCAUCGCAAAGAUUCUUGCUACCCACUGUGCAGCUGUGGUCCGAACUCGGAUUGAGAUGAUGUGGGCCAAAGAUGUGAUAAUCAGGUGGUGGAGACUAAAGCUCGCGCAACGAAAUCGAAAGCUUGCCACACGGCCCCAGGCUUCUGGAAAGCCUCGUCAGAACCCUUCCACCCACCGCCUGUGA